UGGGCUAGCCAAAGCGAGCCAGUGACGGGCAAAUGGUAUCGCUGGCCUGAUCUGCAGUCCGCGCUUGGCGUGAAGGGCCUCCACGGCUGCACUGUGCUGAUGAUCGUCGCGAAAGAGGGCGUCUACCUCUCGCACAUCUUUGAGUCCCCCAUUUUCCGCACCCUGACCGAGCCCGAUGUAGCCGACGACUUUUUCAUGGAGCAAACGUUCACCGCACUGAGUACCGGGCGUACCGGGCCUGCCGGAGUGGUCAACAAUCAGAUCGAACCCCUGCAAGGUCUAUGGGGAACGGACGCCAACCCCGGCCCCCUGCAUCGCACCAACAACCCCCAGCUCAUCAUCAUCACCCCUUUCUUGCCCGAAUGGCAACCCCAGGAAUAUAUGUACGCUCGCCGAGUCAAAUGGCUCGCUGCCCAGUUCAACCGAUUCCUCUACUUCCCCACCGGGGGAGCUCCCGCAGAUAAAGCCCCAAUCAUCCGCGGUUACGAGCCGACGGAUUUCUGGCAGUCCAACAAUGAUGAUUCCUCCGUGGGGAAAGUCGUGAUAGAAGUCGACAAGUACAACAAUUUCCUGCAGGCGGGCAAUCACCUUCUGGCUGUGGGUCAAUGGCGGCUGUGGCUGUGUGGGCAAUAUGUCAUGGACUACGACUUCUGG